AAAUAGUUUCCUGAGAUGGAUUAUCCUGCUUUCCUCUUGGCUACUCUUUUUGUAUACAAAGCUCUAUGUGAAGAGAUAUUUUGGGACACAACUGUUAAAUUUGCCAAGAAUAUGACUCUAGAGUGUGUGUAUCCAUCAACGGACAACUUGACCCAGAUUGAGUGGUUCAAGAUCAAUGGACUCCAGAAAAAGUCCAUAGCCAUUUUCAACCCUACUUAUGGUGUGGUCAUAAGAGAGCCCUAUGCUGAUAGGGUUUCCUUUUUAAAUUCAACAAUGGCAUCCAAUGAUAUGACCCUUUCCUUUCAUAACGCCUCUGAAGCUGAUGUUGGCUCCUAUUCCUGCUUUCUUCACACUUUUCCACUUGGAUCUUGGGAAAAAAUGUUACAAGUGGUUCAGUCAGAUAGUUUUGAGAUUGCUGUGCCACCAAAUAGUCACAUCAUCUCAGAAUCUGGAAAAAAUAUCACACUCACCCAUCAGCUUCAGAUGAAGUGGCCAGUGCAACAAGUUACGUGGGAGAAGGUCCAGCCCCAUCAGAUAGACCUCCUGACUUCAUGCAACUUGCUCCAAGGGAGAAGUUAUGCCUCAAAGUACCAGAGGCAAAUACUGACCAACUGCAGCCAGGGGAGCAGGAGGAGUUCCAUCACCAUUCCACACGCCUCAGUCUCGGACUCAGGGCUGUAUCGCUGCCGCCUCCACGCCAGCACAGGAGAAAACGAAACCAUUGUGAUACAAUUGACCAUAACUGAUGGUAAAAGUGAUAUCCCAUAUGUCCAUUUCGUGGCUGGAGGGACAGUUGUGUUGUUGGUUGUUAUUCUAAUUACCACCAUCAUUGUCAUUUCUUACAACAGGAGGAGAAGGAGACAGAAAAGAGUUCUAUUUGAAAAAUCCAGGGAUACACAGAAUAAGGCAGCCAAGAACUAUAGAAGUCAUACUUCUACCAAUCAGCCACUGGACAGUGCGAAAGAAGAUAUUUAUGUCAACUACCCAACCUUCUCUCGCAGACCGAAGAUUAGAGUCUAAGCUUUUUCCUUUGUUUGAGAAAAUUCAAGAUGACUAUUAAAUGCAUGAACCUUCGUACAACUUCCUCCCACCACCCAGCUUCUACUGUGGAUACCAACUCAUCACACCUCUUCCAUUUGACAGGAAAAGGGCUGCAUCAUUUACAGAAUGUUCUGAACAGAAAUGAUGCAGAAAAUCUGACUGUAAUAAUUAGCGUGUAUGUAAAAGAAAAUGUACUGAAUCAUGUACCAGAACGAUCUAGGGGAGAUCAUUAACUAGGGCUUAACUUGUCUGGAAUUAAGUGUGGACAUGAACUAGUGUCUGGGUCCCCUUCCUUAGUGCAGAAUUCACUUCCCUGAGGUAGGCAUAACUCACAGGCUUUCCUCUGGGGCUUCCAGAUGGCUGCCAGUAACUCCUGGUGAUUCAUACAUUCUUCUUGUUGUCUGGUAAAGAGCUUGCUUCUCCAGAAUAGCAAAUAGAUGUGGGUAUUUGUCCAUCACGAGACAGAUACCAUGGCCAGAGAGGAUGAAAUAGCUUUAGUCAAGGUACAUUGCUUACAAUUCAGUGGGAAAGGGAGACUCAAGGUUGAGGAGGUUACCAACAAAUAUAGAAUGUGAGAUGCUUCUUACCAAAUCCUAAAUUGUGAAUAUACAUGGGUCUAGGUUAGUUCUCCCUCCCCCAUUCUGGAAUCAGCUAUAUCAAAAUAGUCUAGAAGAGUACUUGGCAGUAAAUAAAUGAAUACCGAAGAGAAAGACAAAUAAGACAGCAAUAUCACUUCCUUUCCUCUUCUCAAAUUGAUGUCUCAUU